CGAAACUUGUUUGACAUUGCACCAGGAGAUAAAAACUAACAUUUUUCCGAUAAAUAUUUUGCAUUAUUUUACAUACAAAUUACGUUCGCGUGAUUUCCUCAACUGGCAUUGGGCCUGAUCAGUUAAUAAGCAUUGUCCGAGUCAACUAUCGGCUACUUAUGUCAGGCAUCACAGUUAGCUAACCGAUCAGUGACAACGGAUCGCGCUCCGAGCACAGUUCAAAUUGGAAAACACGCAAAGUAACUGUUCUCAGGAAAUUAAAGUGUACUAAAAUCAAAUACUUAAAGCAACAUUAUGAAUUAAAUGAAAACUUAACUGUUGUUUAUAUUCUCUGGGCUAGUGGGUCAAGCGGAUAUUUCAUUUGCAAUUGAUGCACUCAGCCGGGAACGAUAGAUCAUUGUACAUUUAAUAUAAUAAUAACAUGUCUCGGUUAUAUUACUGCCUGAUCUGGCUAGGCUUGCAUGCAAAUCUGAUGCUCGCCGAUAUUCUCAAGUACGACCCUGUUAUUAUAGAAGAUGCGCAUCUGCGAACGCCUGGACUUAUCAGAAAGUAUGGCUAUCAGUUUGAAGAGCAUAAGAUUGAUACCAAGGACGGGUUUCGUUUGACGGCACAUCGCAUACCCAAGCCAGGUGCACAGCCUGUGCUGUUGGUGCAUGGACUGGAGGAUAGCUCGUCGGCCUGGAUCUUGGCGGGGCCAGGUCGGGGCUUGGGCUAUCUGCUCAGUGAUCGCGGCUACGAUGUCUGGAUGCUGAACACCAGGGGCAAUCGCUAUUCCCGCAAGCAUCGCAAAUACCAUCCGCUGCAUCGCCAGUUCUGGGACUUUUCGUUCCAUGAGCUCGGCAUUUACGACCUGCCCGCGAGCAUUGACUAUGUGCUAGCCAACAGUAAGGGCUACGAGCAGCUGCACUAUGUGGGCCACUCGCAGGGCACCACCUCCUUCUUUGUGCUGGGCGCCGAGCGACCCACCUAUAUGAAAAAGAUCAAACUAAUGCAGGCCCUUGCGCCCGUGGCCUAUUUCAAUAAUGUGCCGCUGCCACUGCUCAGAUCUAUGGCUCCCUAUGUACCCGACAUUUUGCGCUUGUCUCAACUCUUUGGAAUCUAUGAAUUUCCACCGGAGAGGGAAGUGUGGCGCGAAUUGAACUAUAAACUCUGCAGUUUUGCGUUUCGAAACACAUGCACCUAUCUUAUAAUGCAAUUAAUGGGCGUGGAUUUUGAACAAUUAAAUAGCACACUCGUGCCAAUACUGCUGGGCCAAUAUCCGGCAGGCUCGUCCGUCAAGUCAUUCGGCCAUUAUUCUCAGCAGGUUAGCAGCGGCGGCUUCAUCAAGUAUGACUAUGAGAAUCCCUAUAUAAACAAGAGACGCUACGGCAGCGUCAAGCCGCCAGCGUACAAGUUGGCCAACAUUAACUGCAAAGUGGCCUUGUAUUAUGGCCAAAACGAUUUUCUGACAGCUGUCAAGGAUGUGCAGCGUUUGCGCGAUGAGCUGCCAAAUGUCGUUCAUGAUGAGAAAGUGGCCUACAAGAAAUUUAAUCAUCUCGACUUUAUAUUUGCGAAUGAUGUGAAAGAGUUGCUCUACGAGAGCAUGUUCCAGGUAAUGUCAAGGGUCGACAAGGGUGAGCUUUAGUUCAAUAAUUGAAUAUAUAAUAAUAAUAAUUACUUGCCAUAUAAACUAAUUUGAAUAUGUGAGCACCUUAGUAUCGCUAGUCAUUUGUAAUUUGUAAGCCGUGAGAGCUUUUUAAUGAAAACUCUAUGUAAAUAAGCAUAAGUUAUAUUUUGUAUUCUUGUAUGAGAUUAACAACUUUUAGCUCAUUGUUCAUAAAUCCAUCUAAUCAUAUUUAGUUUGUUAAUUCCUUUCCUUACACCUGUUUCAUAUAUGUUACAAAUAUGUUAAAGUAUGUUUACAUAUUCUAUUUUUAUUUGAAAGUUAAAAAGAAGGAAAGAAACUUAAAAGGGAUAUAAAUAAGCCAUAUAAAACAUAUAUAUUGUAUAAAUUAAGAUUAGAUGCUUCUGGAAUACCCUAUAGAGUUGUUGAACUUGUAUAAAAGAUCAGGCAGUUCUUUAAAUUCUUGAAUUUUACAAACUUUUAGAACUAUAUAUAACUGCAGGGAAUAUCUUGCCUGCAAAACUGUAUAAAGUAGACUUGGCCAAUUGUAAAUAGCCUAAAUAGUAUUUUAAUUUAUUGAAUAUUAAUCAUAAAGAUUUUGUACAGUUGUUUUUUAUUCAAGCAUGCAAUUGCAUGUGUUCCAUUUACUGUGUAGCCGAUUGAAUAGUCGGUGUUAUAUAAAAGUGCGAAUUUCUGUGCGAACAACGGAGAA